CCGUCUUGACAACUGUCGCGAUGUGGCAACGCUGCGGCAUUGCGAAAAUAUUGCGCGAGUUUCAUAAGAAAUUUCAGUUAGGCAGGCCAGAACCACACAUUUCAUCAGCUUGCAGUAAGACAAGAAAAUAGGACUAUCCCAAGCCAACGACCCCAUACUUGAGGUCACUCCCGGCUGCAGCACAUCCACACGCAUUCCAAAAACACGCUCUGGAAGCGGAGACGAGUCCGGGCAUUCGGCGGCAGAGCCAUCUGGCAACUUCCGCACGGCGGCUGUCAACCCUGUCCCGUGCGAUUUGCUGCACAUUGUUCUAACGCGAACCAGCCGGAAAAGCCAUUUAUCUAUAUGCGAUUCCAAUGUGAGAGGAGGCACUGAGACGCUGAAUGCUGUCUUCUCUGGCCAUAGGUGCGACAGAAAGCUGACCAACCGAGUACCCGUUCGUGGAACGCCCAGACCCAAAAGGGCCACGAGCGCAAAGCGACCAAGAACACCAGCGCAGCUCUCGGCACACGCACUCCGCAAUCCAAUCCGGCACAGCUCCACACACCCGCACAUACGCACGCACACCGACACCGACAUCGACACACGGGCGGCUCUUCUAAUCGCGAAACGUCGUUGUCACACCGCAUUGGCCAAAGGCGAACGCAGGGAAGCGCGCAGGCAGGAAGGAAGGAAGCCAGCCAGGCAGGCAAGACAGGGCACCGAGAAGCGGCGGCGGGGGCAGGCGCCAACAAAGGAAACAAAAGGCAGCUAGCAAGAGCAAUAUCAAUGGCCCAGCUUGGAGGCACAGAGGCCCUGGCCGCUGAACUGGCCAAGGCUGUGGACCUAAUCAUGCAUCCUUUGACCCAGCAGCAGGCGCGCCUGGAGGCGUACAUGGCCUGCGAGCGCUUCAAGGAGGAAUCACCGCUGUGCGCCCAGGUCGGCCUGUACUUGGCCAGUUCGCCGCAGUCGAACCAGCAGGUACGCCACUUCGGACUCCAGCUGAUCGAGUACACAAUCAAGUUCCGUUGGAAUUGCAUUUCGCACGAGGAGAAGGUAUACAUUAAGGACAAUGCCAUCAAGAUGCUGAACGUGGGCGUGGGCCCGGCGGAGGACCGCACGCUGCUGCCCACAAAGGACGCGCUCUCGCGCAUUAUCGUUGAGAUGAUCAAGCGCGAGUGGCCGCAGCAGUGGUCCGAUUUGCUGCCAGAGCUGAGCUCGGCCUGUGCCAAGGGCGAGUCACAGACGGAGCUGGUGCUGCUGGUCUUUCUGCGUCUGGUGGAGGAUGUGGCCCUGCUGCAGACGAUCGAAUCGAAUCAGCGGCGCAAGGAUAUGUAUCAGGCACUGAACAACAACAUGAACGAUAUUUUCGAGUUCUUCCUGCGCCUGGUGGAGCAGCAUGUGACCGCCUUUCGCGAGACCACGCGCCAGUGCAACUACACCAAGGCCAAUGCCCACAGCCGGGUGGUGGAGAUGGUGCUGCUCACCCUCAGCGGUUUCGUCGAGUGGGUCAGCAUCCAGCACAUUAUGUCCAGCAAUGGCAAGCUGAUGCACUUCCUCUGCAUUUUGCUUAAUGACAAAGCAUUCCAGUGCAAUGCGGCCGAGUGUUUGGCGCAGAUCACCAACCGCAAGGGCCAGGCCAAGGAGCGCAAGCCGCUGCUGCAGCUGUUCAAUGAGGAGCCGCUACGGUACAUUUACCAGGCCAGCCAGAUACCGCCUGACUCUGUCUCGUCGCAGUCCAUCGAGCAGCAUCACAAUUUCCUAAAAAAGCUGCUGCAGGUGCUUAAUGGCAUGGCCCAGCAGCUGGUGGCUCUGUGGGGCAAGGACGAUGCCACCCAGCGUCCCGUUCACCUCGAGGUGCUGCUCGAGUGCCUGCUGCUCCUGGUGCAGCAUCCCUCGCUAGCCGUUGCCCACGGAUCGGCGCUCAUCUGGCAGCUGCUGCUCAAGCAUGAGCCCUGCUCCAAGGACUUUGCCACGCUCAACUACAUUCCCAAGCUCAUACACACGAUCGCUCCGAGGAUUGUGAAGCUGCCAUAUCCUGCCACAACCAGCUCACCCGCCACCCUUUCCACGGAGGCGUACAUCCGCCUGGAGUACGACAGCGAGGAGGAGUUUGCCCUGUACUUCUUCCGCUGCCGCACUGAUUUCCUGGAGAUCUUCCGCCUGGCCACGCUGGUCCAGCCGCUGGUCACCUAUGGCUACUGUGAACAGUGGCUGCAGCAGCGCCUGCGCCAUGCUGUUGCCGAGGCCGAGGCGGAGGUUAAAAGUGGCACCGUCUCCUGCAGCGUCCUGGAUCCCGUCUACCUGGAGUGGGAUGCUCUGGUCAGCGUGCUGGAUGGCGUGCUCAGUCGGAUUCUGCUCGUGGCGGAACGACCAUCGGUGCCAGCGGGUCUCCGGUUGUUGGAGGAGUGCCUCAAGCUGGAGACGGUCAAUCCGUUAAUCUACUCGAUCCUGCUCUCCUGCAUCUCGGCACUGUUCGUCUUCCUCAGCAUGUCCUCGUGCCAGAUCACGGCCACCAACUGUGUGGCCAUGAGUGGGGUAAGUCUACUGCCCCGUGUCCUUGACAAGAUCUUUCGGGCUCUGGUGCUCAAGCCGCCCAACGAGCUGGAGAAGGUGCAGGCCAAGUCCGCCAAGAAUCUGCGACGCCAUGCUGCCUCGCUGCUGGUCAAGCUGGCCCACAAAUAUCCGCUGCUCCUGCUGCCCGUCUUCGAGCAGAUCAACAACCAUGUGGAGAUGCUGCUGAAGGAGCAGCAUCAGCACCAGCAUCAGCACCAGUUGAGUCGCCUUAUGCGGACCACGCUGCAGGAGGCCCUCAUUCUCAUCUCGAAUCAUUUCUGUGACUUUGAGCGCCAAACGCUCUUCAUCGAGCACAUUGUCCAGGACAAGCGCAGCGAGUGGUUGGCCUUCAGCGAGGCCCUCAAGUCUCCGCUGGACUUUAUGAGCUUCGUGGGCCUGGACAAGCCUCCAAUUUUUGCCGUGGAAGGUGCUCCGUCGCUGGAGAAUCGCUCGCGUUUGCUGGAUGCUCUGCAUGUGGUGCUCGGCGUGGUCAAGCGCUGUACCUGGCCGGAUGACCCGGACCGGGCACAGCGGGGUGGAUUCGUGAUUGGAUGCACAGAGCUCGGCAAUCCCAUUUGCCGGAAUCCGGCCACCAAGCAUGUGGUGCCACUGCUCUCGCAUGUCCUUAGCCUGAUGCGUGUCCUCAACGAGCUUUUCGCCCCGGAGGCGUUGGCCGCCCUCUCCGAGGGCUAUCGCGGCAUCCAUGGCAUGCUGGAGCACGAAAAGAAGCUGCUGAUGGGCAUCUGUGCCUUGCCCACCGAUCCCUUGGACACCACCAUACGCAGCGAGCCCACUCCUUUCGAGAAGAUGCAAACGUUCAUGAUGAUGGUCACCGAGGGAUGCUACCAUUUGAUGGGCUCGGCGGGUCCAUCGCUGGGCCGCGAUCUCUACCAGCUAAUGGGCCUGGCCGAUGCCAUCGUAAGCAAUGUGUUCAGCCGCAUGGAUCUGGUGCCUGAUUAUCGCCUGCGCCCCAUCAUCCGUGUCUUCUUCAAGCCGUUUGUCUAUUCCUGCCCGCCCACCUUCUAUGACAGCGUCCUGGUGCCGCUCUUUGCCCAUCUGGCUCCACUGAUGUGCGAACGUUUGACGCGCCGCUGGCUGUACAUUGCCUCCCUCUACGAGAGUGGCCAGCUUAAUGGCGAGGUUAAUGACACCCAGGAGGUCCUGGAGGAUCAGCUGAAUCGAACGCUAACCCGGGAGUAUCUCGACGUACUGAAGAUCGCCCUGGUGGGUGGCCAGAUUGGAGCCGAUCAUGUGGCAGCGGGUGGGGGCGGCGGGGCCAAUGCUAAUAGCAACAUGGCCACAGCGAUGGAGAACGAGGAGCAUUCGAUGGAUAGUGCGCCACAGUCGCGGGCCAUACAGUCGGCCCUGCUCUCGGACAUCAUCAGCGAUCUGGGUGGCAAGCUGCUAAGGAAUAACCUUAUCGGGAACUAUGUGCUGAUGACCCUGCUGAAGGCCAUCGCCUGGAACGAUGGCAUGUGCAGCAUGAAGGCGGUGAAUAUAGCGGCUCCUGUGAUGCGCUUUUUGGCUGCCGAGCAAAUGAUGGAUGAGAACAAGGCUGUGACGGCAUUUACGGCCGUCCUGCAGGGCAUGCAGGUCCAUGGGCAGCACGAGGCCAAUCAAUCCGGCCUGGUCACCCUCGGCGUGCAGUUCUAUGAGCUGCUGCGUCCACAGUUCCCCAUCCUCAGCGAGGUGCUGCAGCACAUACCCAGCGUGAAUGCGGCGGAUAUCCAAAAGUUUGACGAAAAGAUUGCCGUGGCUCCUGUCAAGGGCAACAAGGUGGAUCGUGCCAAAAAGGAUAUAUUCAAGAAGCUCACCGUCCAGCUGGUGGGACGCAGUGUCAACCAGUUGUUCCGUCAUGAGGUUCAGAUAGCCAAUCUCCCGCCCAUGCACAAGGCCAGCAAGGGUGGCGGAGCCGCCGGUGCCACUGUGGAUAUCAUGGAUAGCAAUCAAAACGCCAGCCUGCCUCGGUUAUUUAGCGCGGAGAAGUGACAGGGGGCGGAAGAGAGGCAAAAGCACACCAAGGAUACGACAACGACGAGGAAGAGGAGGAGGAGGCGGCGUCGCAGCGGUGGGGGAGCUUCCUCCACCUCCAAUGCCUCGGUUACGAUCCAGAGCCAGGAUCAGGAUCAGGAUCAGGUCGAAACCAGGGCCACCUCAGCUGCCAAACUAGCGACGACUGAACUUAAAGUAAUUGUAAACUAGCUUAGACGAUGCCCACGCCCACGCCCAUGACCCAGUCCAAAUUCCAGUUUUUAAAUUGAUUAACUUAUUUAUUAUACAAACUAAUAUUGGCCGCAUGUAGCCCUAAUUUAAUUAAGUCGCUCGGUCAGCCCUUGGCCCCCAUCCCCCCAAACCCCCUGGCGACUUGUGACUUGUUACUGCUUUGUUAUUUAUUAUUCGGAAUUUGUUGAACUUGUUUGCACAAAAUAGAAGAAAGUCGUAGGCGUAUCCAAGAUGAUGGCCAAUACUCGAAACAGGAAACCCCCUUGCCUCCGAUCCCCUCCUGGCCCCAGGCACCAGCAAGACCCUUUAUUUUUUUAUAAACUAGAUAAUUAAUGAAUUGUGCUUUCCUACCCACCCCCCAUCGCCUCCUUCUUCCCCCCUCGUUACCUAUGCUCAGGCAUACUGUAAUUUAUAUAGAUUUGUACACAUAGUAUAUCCCCUGGAGAAAGAUUUCUGGAGUUACGCUUAGGCUUAGUUGAUAGGCAGCAACGCGAUAGGAAGAGAGAGAGAGUGCGAGAGAAUACGAGUUAUUAUUAUAUAAUACAUCAAUCUGUAUAUGAACACAUGCAUCCCGCAUCAGCACCACACAUGCAUUAUCCCCUCCCAACCCACAACCAAGAUGGAAAGAUAGAAAGGAAAACUAAAUCUACACACACACACACACACACACACACACACAUCGGGAUUCUAAGAAUUGUAAGUGGAGUGAAAAGUAUGUAAUUUUCAAACCGAAAUUAUGUACACCUAUUAUUUAUAACGAAAUGAAAUCGAAGAAGCGGGCCACAAUCCGUAAAAAAACACACACAAAAUCGAAAUAAGCUAAUAAAUUUGAAAUAAAUUUACAAACUGA